UAUGAUGUGUAGCAUUAAGUCCAAAGAAGAACUGACUAUCUCCCGAAAAGAUUUGUAUGCUCUGCUGUACGAUAAGCAAAAAUCGGUCACACACAGGAACGAAGGUAAAUAUAAUAAUCCCUGGUAAUUGAAAGCUGAUUGAACGACAAGUGAAAGACGAGUCAGUUACUGAUUUAUCAUCUGUGGUGAAAACCACAAACAAGAUUAAAGCAAACUGGAAAAAACAGUUACCCGCCGGACGUUUCCAAGUAGUCAUAAGGAAGUUUGGCCAGUUUUCGUGUACUAGUAUAGUAACUUUAAGUAAGGCCAGGUCACUAUUCAGCUUAUUAUAGGAAGAUGAUAGAAAGAGGGUUUCGGUAGAUUUUAAGCAUUAACUGAAAAUCUGGCGACACAGCCUAAUUAAGUUGUAACCUUAAACCACUAUGCUAAUGUUGUCAGUGAGUCACACAAAAUUCUUAAGAUGCUAAGUUUCAUUAACUUGAGUACUUCGUUACUGAUUAUUUCGUUUUCUUUUAUCCUUUAGGUUUUUCUUUCUGCGCCCAGACUUUACCACAUGACCUCAGAAUAUUAACAGUAAAGACUCCAGGAAACUACGGCUACGGCGUUUUUUGUGGCCAGCUUACCAUUAAAAAGGGCCUGCGCUUUGGUCCCUAUACCGGACGUAUUGUAAGCGUGGAAGAAGUAAACAGACGAAAGGCUUUUGAAAAUGAAUUCUUAUGGGAGGUUUGUAAUCUUAAUAGUUCUUCAUGGUUUUCAAUUACUUUCAAAUGACAAAGUCUUUCAGAUAAAGAUAUGGUAAAACUGGUAGCAAAAACGUGUAAUUUUUUUUGCGCAUUUUACCCCCGACUGUCUUGCAACAAAUCAGGUUGUUCCAAGUUGCGUCAAUACUGACUUCUGAUUGGAUGAAAUUACAGGGGAGUUACGCCAUACACGGGAGUGACGUCACUUGCUGCAAAACAAGUUUACUUUGAGCCGGAAAAACGCACAACAUGAAUAGAUUUUGUUUCAAAAAGUAGAACUACUCUCUUCUUUCUGCAAAUCUCUUGGCAAUCUACAACAUCCUGAUUUGCUGCAGGACAGGUUUAAUUUGUGGGUGGUAAAACGCGCAGCAUCGCUGCUCAACUCAUUUUGCAACAAUGUUACAAAGCAGAUUGCAUGUUUUUGUUGCCGUUUUACCUUGCAUUAACUUUUCUUGGUAGAUAUACACUGAUGGUCGUUUUGAAUACUGCAUCGAUGGAGCGACAAACCGGACAAACUGGAUGAAGUUUAUUAACUGCGCACGCCAUUCGGCCGAGCAAAACCUGGCCCUAGUACAACAGGAUUCUUUAUUGUACUACCAAGCGACGCGUGCGAUAACAGAAGGACAAGAAUUAAAGGUGUGGUAUGGUGACCAGUAUAGGCUUUUUAUGGGGAUACCACUCAGCAUAAAGAACGGGUCGUCAGGUGAGUUAUCAUCCUCGGAGACCCAGGGGCAGUUAGUCGGGUCGAUAAAAUGUUCGUGGUGAAAGUUUUCUGUAAGAUCGAGACGAUCUUACAGAAAACCUAACUGCCCCUGGGUCUCCGAGGAUGGUGAGUUAUAAGCUGUUUAUAAGCUGUCGUAGAUGCCGUCACCUAAGGGACACAGUUCUCUUACAGACAUUGCUUGGUCCAUUUUUAAUCCAAGGCGCAUAUAAACCUUGGACUGAUGAAGUCGCGUAACUUGGCACUUUUUGUUCUUGUUGUAAGCUAAAUGAACAGUUCCUUGAUGAGUACAUAUCAAAGUAACACGCAGAUCACUGGUAUUUUUCCGGGAUUUGUUUUUAACCGCUUAGUCGUUGUACGGUGUCUUCCCAGGCAUUCUCGGUCAUUGCAUUUUGGGGUCGUCAAGACGAACUCAUAAAAGAUCACGUGACCCAAAAAGUAUGGGAAGCGCGGGAUAAUUAAGCCCAGGGAAAAGACAAUAACGGGCUUUGAAAUUGCUCUUCUUUACCAAUACUUAAAUAGGUCAAUGACCUAUGACUAGUGCCAUAACACACCCUUCCUAAUAGCUGGAGGGACAUCAAUACAACGCCUAAAAAGGUGUCCAUUGUAGCUUUAGUUGACUAAGUAAUAUUUAAGGAUUUAAACUCAACCCAGUGAAUUGUUUUCGACAAGAAUAUAUCGUAUUUGUACCUGAGUACGCAAAAUGGUAGGGAUCAACGUCUACCAGUGCAGUUCAAGUACUGUAAAAUGCCUUCGUAAUGUUUGUACCAACUUGCGCCCAAGAUUGCUUACAUUGGAGUCGCAGAUUUUCACCUCGUAUAACUGAUGUUUCCUUUGCUUUGUCUUCAAGAAUUCUUUUCUCUUUUUGUAGAUGACGAUUCUAGCUAUCCUUGUCAGUCCUGUGGAAAAGUGUUCGCCUACAAGUACUACCUUGUUCGCCACCAGAAAUACACGCGCUGCGUUGACUACGGAGACCGGAAGUUCCCCUGCAAAGUUUGUAACCGCUCAUUUGAUAAGGGAGACCGCUUACGUAUUCACAUCCUUCAUGUGCACGAUAACUACCGACCUCACCAAUGCACGGUGUGCGAGAAAACUUUUUCCCAGUCAUCUAGCCUCAACAAACACCUACGAGUGCACAGCGGUGACAGACCGUACAAGUGUCCUUACUGCGUCAAAGGCUUCACGGCCUCCUCUAUUUUGCGCACUCACAUUCGUCAGCAUAGCGGAGAAAAGCCGUUUAAAUGUAGACAUUGCGGGCGCGCUUUCGCCUCACACGCGGCGCAUGAUAGUCACGUGCGACGCAAUCACCGUUAGUCAAACGUCAUUUGCUAACCUGUUGUACAAUUGUGUAGUUCGGGCGAGUAAGCACUCAGUAUCUUUGAUCACGAGGGCACAGAGGAAGAUUGGGAAGAAUAGAAAUUGUAAUUAAUGGGGAGUUCACGAAGCUGAAAAGGGGCGGGGGGGGGGGGGGGAGGAAAACAGAAAAAAGUUCCCCUUUUUUUCCUUUUCUUGUCAUUCCUUUUUUACCACUUCCCUUUUUUUUUUAUUUUAUCCCCUUUUCUCCCAAUUUAAACCCAAAGUCCCUUUUUCAAGCACGUGUCGCAUCUCUAUUUGCAGUAACAUAAGACUGUUGUUAAUGGGGGGGUGUUGCGGGAGAACACACAACCAUAUUAAAAAUAAAAGGGGAAAGGGGAGAAGUUGGAAAGAUAAGGAAGGUAUGAAGAGGAAGAGAUGCGGGGUGCGAAGGGGGGGGGGCGGGGGGGGGUGAGGAAAACAGAAAAAAGUUUCCCUUUUUUUCCUUUUCAUGUCGAUACCUUUUUACCCUCUCCCUUUUAUUCUUAAUUCAUUCCACUUUCAGCCAAAUUCAACCGCAAUGCCCUAUUAAGUAGCUCACUAAAUUAUCAGGGUCGAUCAAUAGCCAUUGUCUCAUGGAUAAUAAAAAACAUUCACUGAAACCUGUUUCUAGAGACAAAGAAACGCAAAGGCUAAAAAUAUACAAUGAAUUGCAUUUGAUGUUGUAUUGCACUUUUUCCGUUUACGAACACACGGCAGGACUUCGUGUUCAAUGUACCUGGCGUUAAACUUUUUUUAACGUGAAUGCGCCUUUCUAAAACCCUUUCCCCUAAGCAACCUGUUCUGUUUUGCUUGCUGUUAAUUGUGUAGUAGAAAGCAAAACUACUUUAGAAGGUAAGCUGAGCGCCUUCUUGAUAUUUGAGAAAGAGUUGCACCGAAAAUUAUGCCCUGCUUAAGUUUAACAAUGCUAUUUGGGUCUUUUAAAAUAUCGUCAAUCUUUGUUCAUUCAGAUCCUUUAUUAUCUUACGUUUCUCCCGACUGAGCCUUAUGUCGGUCCAGGUUUUUAUGUUGGCCUCUAGCGUGCGCAAAAAGAGUAAAAAGCACUGGCAAACUGGAUUUAUCCAAACAAGACUCAUUUUAAUAAUACCCUUUCAUUCUUUACUUGAUGUUAUAUGUAGUUUUUGCUCAUACGAACCUAUGAUCACUUCAAGCCCUAGUAAAAGCUACAUUAUCUACGACAGGAGCAUAAACUAAAAUGGACUUUAUUCAUUUAGUUCCGUCUGUGUUAUUGACGCCACCUGCGCGAGAUCUUUCUGUUACAGCUGCAGAGGCCAAUGAUUUUUCACUUUAAUUAGUUUUCCCUUAGGUGUCAUAAUAACUUUUAAGUCGUUUCCAAUUUUUGUAUCAAUUUAGUGAGGUUUGCAAUUUUGAUUCGCAAGUGUUUUACUAUGGCAUAUCACUUGAACACACUUCAGCUUCUUCUUGGUGUAACCGUCUAGUGUGUCAGCAAUCCGCUUAAAAUCUAUCAGGUCCAUGUGAAUAUCUUCGUUGAAAGGUCCAACGCUAAGAUGAGAAAUAUCGCGCAAAAGGCUGUAGAAGUUUAUCAGCUUGUUCACGGAAAUAUUUCACCAGAAAACGAAAUUCACUUAAAUUUGAGAUCGCUUCUUCAAUAAAAUUGCAACACCACGGCAAGGUUGUGUUCGGCUACCUUUGUUCAGUUUUCAAGUCUCGAGAUUUAUUUGUCAUCGUUAACGGAAAGAUCAAAUAUCGCAACAAAUUUCAGUGACCGAUGUCGUUGUAGGGAAAAGGCCUUUAGCGUUGGCUGUAAUUUAGUUCACGGCCUCCGAGGGUGAAAGAUGGUACUAACUUUUGAUUUUAAUUGCCCCCGCAGGGAUUUCACCCAGACGGCGAAAUCCCGAGGAGGCACUCCAGUAACUCGCGCGUAUAUUUACUAGUAAGGAAAGUACUUACAGUUGGAAUAUACAGUCAAAAUCUCGAUUAGCUUGAACAGGGGCCGCGAGGAAUCGGUGGGUAAUGAUGACGUUACUAUUGUUCGUGCCCGCCAGGGCCCGCUUAGGUAGAUUUUGUGACAUUUAUUGUACAGUCAUACUUCAAUACUCUUGUGCGUUACGUGUUAUCAGUGACAUUUUGUGGAGCAGUUGUUUUGAAAGUUAUGGACCAAAAGACACUCGUUAAGCGCAGAUGUAGUUAUAAGGUGCGUAUAACUGUGUAUAUAUAAAUACUUGGAGAGUUUGCUAGACACGAGUUCACAAAUCUUUGAUUGGAAAGACACUCUUUCUCUCUCUUUGACCGGAUACGACUCAGCCCCCAACAAGCAAGACGAGUGAAUCAACGGCUAGCUUAUCACUAGCAAAACGAUGGACGAUUACAGAAAUUCGCCGACAAUUAAAUUUUGUGCUGACUUAUUCCCUGCUCACAGAUGUCCUUCCGCUAUAAAGUUUAAUAUAAGACUAGAAUGCGCGAACGUGAAAUGAUCAAAUUCCUUUUAAUUGCUAAGGCUUACUUUCCGGCAAAUAAAAUGAACUGUAUGUAAAAAGUGAAAGAGAAAUAGCGAAAAAUUCAACUUCUUAUUAAAUCUUUUCUUAUGGCUGGUUUAGAAUAAACUAUUCUCGAAACUGAGAAUGUUUUGAGCAAAGCUGUGUAAAUCGAACUGAAACCGUGCAUGGAACUCCUGUUUUUAUCUCACCCAUUGUAUGGAAUAUGUGUGAAAAUCUUCAUUAUGAAUCGGUAUAUUUCAAAGAGCUACACAACGACCAAGAAUUCUAUUGACCGAAAAUAUACACAGCGGGGGCAGCUGUAGUGUCAACUAUUACUGGUGGUAAAAUCCUAUGGUGUGACCAAUUUUCAAAUGAAACCUCUUCAGCAGUACUUUCACAUGGUACUAUAUUUGGUAUGUAGUUAUAACUUUUGAGUCUGUGGAUGAAAUCCUAUGGUGUUACCAUUCAAAUGAAAUCUCUCCAGCAGUACUUUCACGUGGUACUAUUUAUUCAGUAUGUAGUUCUAACUUUUGAGUUUGUGGAUGAAAUCCUGUGGUGUUACCAUUCAACUGAAACACAUUUAGCACUACUUUCACACAGUUGACUAUGUUUUUCAGUAUUUUACAAAAUGAAAUUUGGAAAUUUUGUUGAAUUUUGACUUUGACCACUUUUGGGAGUGAAAGGGUUAACUUGGAAAUACAACACACAUAACACUCUUGUUAGGAGAAAACAAUUGCAGCGAUUAAAAAGCCUCCACGAUUCAACUUGCUCAACUGAAACAACGAGAGCAUGUAAUUAGCCAAUUUCGUGACAGUGUAUCGGAAAUCGGCUUUAUUCUAACACAUGAUGACCGAAUUGAGAAAAAAAUAUGUACAGGCUUUUUAGAAAGUAACUUCAAUACGUGUUUUGUGAGGUUGUUCCUAGCAAUUUACAUGUAUAAAAAACACAUCCUGAAAUCACUUUAACUCGAGGAUUUGCAUGUACUUUCCAAAGUUUGACGUCUUACUUUUAUAGAAGUGUUUACUGAAGCCAGAGACAGAAAGUUAGAACUUCCUUGCUUUCAAAGUAUGAGGAACAGUUGUGGUGACCAUUCAUCUCAAAUAAUUUCUUCUUGACCUACUUGAAAGCGGUCCAAGAAUAUAAUUUCCUUUCAAACUUUGCCUAUUUAAAGAUAUGGGGACUAUGUACUUCGAAAUUUAGAAGUUUUGUCAUACAGUAAUGUCUGACAUAAAUUUGGGAUAAACGAAAUUGUUGUAGACUACGAGUAGUAGUAGUAGAAAAGGCGCCUUUUCUCGCGUGGGGUGAUUUUCACGCGCGCUCGCGUUUCGCUCGCCCUUCUAUCCCUGAGGAAAAAUGGGGGACUACUCGUAGUCUAAAAUUGUUGAAAAAAAGAAAGAAAGGACAGUACGCUACUGUUGCCAUGGUUACUACUGGGUGAAAAAGAAACUAACAGAUAAUGUAAAAUAGAUAACAUCCGAAUAGAUCAGAGUCCUCUUUACGAUCGAGCUAUAUACUUCUCCGGGUUUUUGUGCGUGGUUGGAAAACACCCAGUGACGUCCAAUGUGAAAUAAGGUCUAAAAUCAAAGCUACACGUUUAUAAAACAAUUUUACUCCUUUUGAAAUUUAUUGCAAACUGUUGCUGAUCUGAUAACGGACAUACACAUUAUAAGGGAACUUUACCUCAAGGAUCGCAAGACUCGGUAAUUGCAAACGGUACACAAAAGGGGGUACUGCAACAUUUUAUCACUAACUGAUAGCAACACCAGGUCACUAUUACUGGAUUUCCACCGAUACAAACACUGUUGAAUUAUCAUGUAGUGCUACAAUUUGGUGACACCUUUUCACCGUCAUUUGCAUAUUUUCAAGUGCUUUGUUUUCUCUUCUUGAUCUAUUUCAUGGCUUUUUGCUUUUAAUCAAUACUCAUGUGUCUCUCGCGUUUUUUCCAAUCGCGCAUUAGGCUAGGUGUUCUUGAAAAUACUAGAAACAUUGUCUUCGCAGGUUGGAGUAAAAAUAACAGUGCAUCAUAUGUGUUUAGCUUACAAAAGGCCAGAAAUACAACAUCCAUAACACUCUCGCCCGGAGAAAACAAUUGCAGUAAUUAAAAAGUUUCCGCGAUUCAACUUUCUCAAACAACGGGAGCAAGGAACAGUAUUUUUAAUUAGCCAAUUUCGUCAGGGUGUGGCGGAAAUCCUUUAUUUUAACGCAUGACGACCGAUUUAGAAAAAAAAUGUACAGGCUUUUUAGAGAUACCUUGUUUAUAGUAACUUGGUAUGAUGUGUAUUUUGUGAGCUUGUUACAAAAUUUUCAUGAAUGAAAACGACAUCCUGAAAUUGCUUUAACUCGAGGAGUUGCAUGUACUUCCCAAAGUUUGUGAUAUUUUCAUAGAAGUGUUUACUGAAGUUAGACACAGUCAUAACUUCCUUGCUUUCAAGGUAUGCAAAAAAUUUGUGAUUACUAAAUGCAACUCAGAUCAUUGUUUCUUGACCAACUUGAAAGCGGCCCUUUAAUUUUCUUUUCAAAGAAAUUGUUUUAAAGAAAGGACAAGAUGCUGAGCAACUGGAAAAUCUCAUCAUACAUUGUGGGAGUUGCACAUGUGGACAAUGACUACAUCACUUUCAUUUGUCAUUUCUUUAAACGCGGAUUCGAGUUCGGUGCCAUUUUCCCAGCUUCUUAAUACCCAAACUGUGUGUAAAAUAUCCCAUUUUAUACUCAAUUAUUUCGCCCGCAAGUACUAAAUAAAUAGUACCAUGUGAAAGUACUGCUGAAGAGGUUUCAUUUGAAUGGUAACACCAUAGGAUUUCAUCCACAGACUCAAAAGUUAGAACUACAUACUAAAUAAAUAGUACUAUCUGAAAGUACUGCUGAAGAGGUUUCAUUUGAAUGGUAACAACACAGGAUUUUGUCCUCAGAAUGAAAAGUUAGAACCACCUUAGGAGACUCCAUUAUCACUGUGGGAGUAAAAGGGUUAAUCACAUGAUAUGUACUGUUAUUUUCACUCCAACGUGCGAAGACCAUGCUUCGAGGGUUUUCAAGAAUAUGUAGUCUUGCACGAUUGGAAAAACGUGUCACCAAAAUGUAGCGCUACAUUAGAAUUCAACGGUGUUUGUAUCAAACGGUGUUUGUAUUAUUGAAUCCAAUGAACUUGUAUCUUUGAUUUUGGACCUAAUUUAAUUGGACAUCAUUUUUUGUUGUUUCUUUGUUUGUUUGUUUGUUCUUGAAUUUUUUUUUUUUUUUCUACUACGCACAAAGACCCGGACAGGUAGCUCGUGCAGGGUAUUGAUACUGGACUCUGAUCUCUUGGAUCCUUCAUUUUCAACCCGUUGUAACCAUGGCAACAGUAGCCUAUAGUCCUUUCUUUCAAACAAUUUCGUUUAUCAAAUUCACGUCAGACACCAUUGUCAAUUCUAUUUAUCUACUUACGAUAAACACCUGACAAACCGAUUUGGAGGCCUGCUGAUUGUCUUAAACCGCGGACUAAGUUAAGCUUCCUUUAAAUAACCGGUCUAAUGCUUUGAGUUGAAUUUGGGCACCUCAAAUUUUCCUCAUACCUUGAAAGCAAGGAAGUUAUAACUUACUGUCUCUAACUUCACCAAACACUUAAAUAAAAAUAACACAAAUUUUGGGAGUACAUGCAUGUAACUCCUCGAGUUAAUUAAGCGAUUCCAAAAUGUCUUUUUAUACAUGUUAAUUGUUGUAACAAGCGCACAAAUAAGUAUUAUACUAAGUUACUUUGGCAAGAUACCUCUAAAAAGCCUUUGCAUAGUUCUUAAAUCGGUCCUCAAGCGUUAGAAUAAAGGAUUUCCGCUACACCCUGAGGCAAUUGGCUAAUUAAAAAUAUUGUUCCAUACUCAAGCUUUUUGAGAAAGUUGAAUCAAGGAAACUUCUUAUCGCUGCUUUGAGUGUUAUGUGUGUUGUAUUUCUGGCCUUUUCCAAGCUAAUUACGUAUGAUGUAUUGUUAUUUUCACUUCAACCUGGGAAGACAAUGUUUCGGGGUUUUUGAAGAAUACGCCUUGCACAAUUGGAAAGAAACAGAUUCACAUAAGAGUUAGUAUUGAUUGAACGCAGAAAGCCAUGAAAUCGAUCGAGAGAAGGAAGCAAAACACUUGAAAAUGACAAAUGACGACCAAAAAGUUUCGCAAAAUGUACCACUAUAUGAGAAUUCAACACUGUUUGUACCCGGCACUAACAUUUUGGCUAAGAACGGUUGGGAAGAAGAUAGACUGGCACUUGAAAAUGUUGGGCAAGCGUUUGCACAAUGUAUGUUAUUUGGUAAAUGUCGUUCAUUGGAUUAUUCUGCCCGACCUUGAUGGAUGAAUUAUAAUGUCUUCUAUAGGUUGCUAAAAAAAAUCACUGCGCGCCUUUUUGGCCUCUCUCUUUUGCACCUUUAAAACUCUCAGUCUUUUAAAGACCCCCAAUAAUAUUUAGUUUUUCAUAAACAAGGAUAUUUUGGGCGUUUUGAAUUUGCGUCCACUGAGUAAACUGAACGAUGAAGGCUAAGUUUCUAAAGAAACUAUGGUGCUGCUUCAAUGCGGGAGUCAAAUACGGCUAAAAAACUCAGCUAACUGAAUUCCAUUUGCCUCCAUACACUCAUUGUCAGAUCAAAUCGAUUUGGUGACUGUGGCAAGCGGCUAGCGCACGAAACGCCAGCUUUUAAACGUGGGCUUUUAGUGCUCAACUAAACUUUGGCGCGUUCUGACGAUUUUUGCCCACGAUUACAGCUCAGUUCUUCAUAAAGGCACUGAUGGGGAGAGGUAGCGAAAUGGGGCUGUUUCGAUCUCCUUCCUCUUUCUCUUGUAACUUUUCCUUUUCGCCCAGUGAAGCGUAGUUGUAUUUUCCUACUUAUUUCAUGUUAUACUGAAAUAUGGGCGAUAAGCAAUGGUUCUUGAGAAUAAAUUGUGAAAUUAUUUUAAAACCAUAGGGGAACUGGGGAGUAAAUAACGAAUUAGUGUCUUCAAACCAUGAGAUAUAUGAACACAAAAACGAGCAGAAUUGUUUACACACACUUUUAUUCACUCACUAUCGUGCUCGACUUGAGUAGCUUAUAAGUACACCGAAGUCUUUAGUCUUCUCUUGGCUGUUCACAAAAUGACCGAAAACAACUAGAGAGUAUUACUUAAAAUUAGUAGUCACAACAAUUACCAAUUAUUGACCGAAGUGGAGGUAAAUAUCCACCACUUUCAUCGACUCUAAGGUGAAUAAUUGUUUUAGUACAUACCGACACAAGAUCAUGAUCAAUAACUCGCGGAUCAAAACAUUUCCACUGCGGAAACCGAAGCCAAACGGAAAGCCAUUUUGUUACUCUUCGACUGCUCGGAGGUGAAUAAUAACAAAUGGUGUUAUUUAUAUUUCCGUGAAUCAAUCGAGAUGAUUUUCAAAUGCUCCUCAGUUUUAACAUCACUCAUAUUAAAAAAAAGGAAAUUAAGGUAAAAAUGUAAAGCGGCGUAUCAAAGCCUAAUAUUAUCACACUUACAAGGAAAAUAGUAAUAUAGUUGUAUAAUCUGUUAGACUGCACACGUUGAGCUCAUUUUUAGAGCACUGGGUACUAAUAUGUAAGCUUUCACAUGAAUAAAUCACUCGGAAUAUUAAAUGAAGAAACGGUUUUGACUAGCGGAAGUCAUUUUCAGAUCGCGUCAUAGUGAGUACUUUUAGUGAGUUAAUUGUAUAAAACUCAAAAAGUUAUUGACCUGAUUUCUUGUGGCAAAUGGUAAAAAUAACGAGCUCAUUUCACUCUUAGGCUAAUGAUAUUUGUCAUAGAGUUUAUUUCCAGUAAGUAACGGCUGAUAGCCAUUCUCAUAAGGCAAGAAAUUAAACUGUACAAGCACACACCAACUGUGACGGGCACAGAGUACCACUGGUGGGACUCUUCCUUAAAGUAAAAAACACAGAUCAUAGUUACAUUUUCUAUCACGAAUAAGAUAUUAGAAAUCAAUGUCAUUAUCUUAUCGACUUUAGCAUUUGAAUUUUCAUCAUCUCUUAUCCAGUAGAAUAUACAUAACAUUGUGAGGACACCACAGUUAUUUUCAAAGCCCGGGGGCAUCUGAGUAGUACGGGCAGCGUAGACUCUGACAAAAGUCAUGACAAUAGAGUGAAAAAUCAACACCGCGAUAAUCCACCACUUGAAGCCGACAGUGAAGAAAGUGAUGGCGAGUAAUCGGCUACUGAGGUGAAACAGCUGUGAUAUGAAGAAGACAACUUUUGGUAUGAAUUUGCCUUGUAAAGUUUUCCUGGCUUCCUCCACAAGAACAUUCGAAAAACGCCACACAUCGGCAAUGGCAGAUUCCCACGCUAAACUUAAAAAAGAAACACACAAGGACGUUAUUUGGAUAGUUGUAACUUGUUCCUGUUGGACAACUGUAGCAUAUAGCUGGAUUAUGAACUGGGGAGCUGACUCCAGGCUUGCCUGAAAACUUGCGGAUGCAAAGUCGGUAGACAGUUGAUGCUGGAUUUUUUUAUUACAGUCGUCUUCUAAAUUUUCUUUCCAUAACUUCUUAAAAUUCUUGAAGCAUAAAAUAAAUGCUUUAAGUCGCAUAUAAGCAAGCGCCAAUGGAUUCCACCCGAAAGUUAAAUCUGGAAUUAAGUCGAUGCAUUUUACAUCAUCUGAUUCCUCAUUUGUCAGCAUCCCACGCCGCCAAAUACAGUAGUAAAACUGUGACAUGCUCAAACACGGUAAAAUAAGGAACACAAGCCCCACACCAAACCAUGUCUUGUGAUCAUUGAGGUAAAAUUCCCUCAGAGUGAGUAUAUCAGUGACUGGAUCAGCAACAGCUAAAAUAGUGCCGAUAAGGAGAAAAAUAGUGUCAUACCAUUUAACUUUGAUUGCAGAGGUAUUAAAGCUUACAGCAUCAUCUACAACGUCUGGCAUGAUGUCUCAGCUAGCCUUUCCGUACAAGCGAAGUCCUGAUAUUUUCGAUCGAGAUGUUGUAUCUUUGGCCUUCGUACAGUAUAUUAUCGAUGGUUUAGGUCCCACAAAAUUUUAUAGGAGGCCAGGGAUGUAUCCUUUGACGUCAUUUGUCUUCAGUUUCUUUCAUUGGGCUUUUGUGCAUCGGUGAGGUAACCAUAGCUACAUUAUCAAUGCUACCUUAUUUUAAUUGGGAAAACAAUGCCAUGAAAUUCAAAACUAGUUACGGGACUUAGUGUCGAACUUAGUGACGGGAAGUUCUAACUUUUAAAGUGCUUAUUUCCGGCUUAAGGCAGCGAAUUUUUUAAAGAAAUUCUUAACAGCUAAUUCCCUCAAGAAGGCAGUUAAAACAAACCGUUUUCGUAAUUAGCUAUCUGUUUGUAGCAAAACCUUUACGCCAUAUCAUUUCCAUUUUCUUUUAUUAUUAUUAUUAUUAUUAUUAUUUUAAUUUUUUUUCCAGCAGCGUCUCACAAAAUUGCUGAAAGCUGUCGUUGUUUGAAAAAGUUGAAUCCGGGAAACUUCUUCGUCAAAGCAAAGAACUUUUUUUCACAUAUUUAACUCCAGCCUGCGAAGAAUUGUGUUAUGAACAUGUAGCUUUGAUUUUAGACCUUAUUUCACAUUGGACAUCAUUGGGUUUUUUCCAACCACGCACAAAAAGCCGGAGAAGUAUAUUGCUCGAUCGUAAAGAGGACUCUGAUCUAUUUGAUGUUAUCAAACCAUUUAAUUAUCUGUUAGUGUCUUUUUCACUAAGUAGUAACUAUAGGAACAGUAAGCUUUUGUCCUUUCUUUCUUUCAACAAUUUCGUUUGUCCCAAAUUUAUGUUAGUCACAACUGUAUGACAAAACUUCUAAAUUUCGAAGUGCUUAGGUAUAUCUUUAAAUAGGCAAAGUUUAAACUGGAAAUUAAAUUCUAGGACCGCUUUCAAGUAGGUCAGGAAGCAAUUAUUUGAGUUGAAUUUGCUCAUCGCAAAUUUUCCUCAUACCUUGAAAGCAAGGAAGUUAUGCUGAACUUUAGCUAACUUCAGCAAACACUUCUAUGGAAAUAUCACAAACUUUGGGAAGUACAUGCAACUCCUCGAGUUAAAAUGAUUUUAGGCCAGAGCCAUUUUGGCUCUUGUUUUAGGAUAUCUUUUUUAUAUAAAUUAUGUCAAUCGCUAGCUGUAACAAGCUCAUAAAAUUAAAUACGUAUCGAGUUACUUUAAUUAUUAAAGAAAGAUCUUUCUAAAAAGCCUGUAUAUAUUUUCUCCUAAAUUGGUCAUCAUGCGUUAGAAUAAAGGAUUUCCGCCACACCCUGACGAAAUUGGCUAAUUAAAAAUAUUGUUCCUUCUCGCGUUGUUUGAGAAAGUUGAAUCGCGGAAACUUUUUAAUUACUGCAAUUGUUUUCUCCGGGCGAGAGUGUUACGAGUGUUGUAUUUCUGGCCUUUUCUAAGCUAAUCACAUAUGAUGUACUGUUAUUUUUCCCAACCUGCGAAGACAAUGUUUCUAGUAUUUUCAAGAACACCUGGCCUAAUGCGCGAUUGGAAAAAACGCGAGAGACACAUGAGUAUUGAUUAAACGCAAAAAGCCAUGAAAUAGAUCAAGAAAAGAAAAACAAAACACUUGAGAAAAUGCAAAUGAUCGCCAAAGUAAGAGAGGUGGAGGAGUGUGCACUUAGAUACGGCAAAGUUUUAAGGCUGAGGUUGUCGGCAAAAUUUCUGGAAUAUCGGACACUGGUCUCCAUCAGCUUUGGAUAAAAGUUCAAGUGUGGAAUUUAAAGUCGUUUCUUAUUUGCACGACCUACCGGCCUUCACUCCUCUCGACAUCGAUCUCGGUGCGAGCUUAAUAACUGCAUCCCUUCUGAAUAAAUUAAUCUAUUACUUGAGGAUAUGAACUGUAACCUGCUCCUGUCUGACCCUCCUGAUUCUAAAGCACUUAUGAACUUCUGCCUUACAUACAAUUUAAACCAAAUAACUGACUCAGCCAACUCGUGUAACGGAUUCCACGAUAUCUCUAAUUGAUAUAAUCCAAGUUUCAAGCACGAAGCAAAUCAUCGAGUCUAAAGUCCUAUCGUCAUCAAGCACACGUUAGCUCGCUUGUCCGCCGGUACUAACCAGUGUCUGAAAAAUUCUUUUUUUGAUGCUAAUGUAGAUAUCAAGCAAGUAGAAAAGAUUAUCAAAUCUAUGGCACCUAAUAAGCCUCCUGGAAUAGAUAAAAUCCCACAACGCGUUAUUAAAGACUGUAUAAAACCGCCGCAGGGCAAAGAACCAUCUAUUUGAGAACAGUUAAACUUUGGAACUCACUGAACCCUCUCCUAAAGCUGAAACGCUGAAACCGACUUUAGAGGACUUCAAGAGUUGCCUGAAGAAAAACUUAACGUUAAAUUUUUUGGAGUCGUUUUAAGACUUUCAUUUUUUUUUCGCUCAAUUUUUACUCAAUUGUCAGUGUACAGUAUGUGGUCCUUGGUUCGGACGAAAAAGACGUAAAUGAGUAUUUCUUAUCUCAGAAGAGGGGUAGUGAGCUGAAAUUUGUCCUGUUAGUUGCCGUAACAUUUUACUAACUUGUGACAAACCGACAGCUUCUGAGCUUUGCCAAAAAUCCUGGAUCAUAGAAAAUAACCUCUGCAUUUGAAGGUCCCUGGUCCGGCCAAAGGUUCCUUGGUCCGGCCACUUUGUAAGUCGGCAUGCAAAUAAGGGAGACCGCUUGAGCAUUCACAUCCUUCAUGUGCAUGAUAACUACCGACCUCACCAAUGCACGGUGUGAGAGAAAACUUUUUCUCAGUCAUCUAGCCUAAACAAACACCUACGAGUGCACAGCGGUGACAGACCGUACAAGUGUCCUUACUGUGUCAAAGGCUUCACGGCCUCCUCUAUUUUGCGCACUCACAUUCGUCAGCAUAGCGGAGAAAAGCCGUUUAAAUGUAGACAUUGCGGGCGCGCUUUCGCCUCACACGCGGCACAUGAUAGUCACGUGCGACGCAAUCACCGUUAGUCAAACCUCAUUUGCUAACCUGGCCCGGGUUGCUCGAAGCAUGGUUAGUGCUAACCAGCGUUAAAUACCAUGGAAACCUAUACAUUUUGAUACCUCUUAACCAACGCUUAGCGCUAACCAGGCUUCGAGCAACCGGCCCCUGCUGUACAAUUGUGUAGUUUGGACGAGUAAGCACCGCCCAGUAUCUUUGAUCUUAAAGGCACAGAGGAAGAUUGGGAAGAAUAGAAAUGUGAUUAAUAGGGCGUAUACGAAGCUCAAAAGGGAGAGGGGGAGUGAGGGAAACAGAAAAAAGUGUCCCCUUUUUUCCUUUUCAUGUCUAUACCUUUCCCUUUAUUUCUUAAUUCAUUCCAUUUUCACCUAAAUUCAACCGCAAUGCCCUAUUAAGUAGCGCACUAAAUCAUCAGUGUCAAUCAAUAGCCAUUGUCUCUGGGAUAUAAAAAAAUGUUACUUCUUAUGAUAUGGAGUUUUCACUAUAAAUGUCUGAUUAAAAAUUCAAAACAUUGACGCACUGAAACCUAUCUCUAGAGACAAAGAAACGUAAAGGCUAAAAAUACACAGUGAAAUGCACUUGAUGUUCGCAUUGCACUUUUUCUGUUUACGAACACAGGACGUCGAGUUCAAUGCACCUGGCUUUAAACUUUUUUAACGUGAAUAAGCCUUUUUAAAACCCUUUCCUCUCUAAGCAAUUUGUCCUGUUUUGCUUGCUGUUAAUUGUGCAGUAGAAAACAAAUUCAAAGUAGACUGACAGCUUUCUUGAAUUUGAGAAAGAGUUGCACCAAAAACUGAAGUCUAUGCCCUGCUUAAGUUUAACAAUACUAUUUGGGUCUAUUAAAAUAUCGUCAAUCUUUGUUCAUUCAGAUCCUUUAUUAUCUUACGUUUCUCCCGACUGACCCUUAUGUCGGUCCAGGUUUGCGACGUAUUGAUGUUCCGUUUCUUGGAGUGAAACAAUUAUGUUGGCCUCUACGGUGCUCAAAAAGAGCAAAAACCACUUGCAAACUGGUUUUAUCCAAACAAGAUUCAUUUAAAAUAUUCUCUUUUGUUCUUUACUUGAAGUUAUAUACAUGUUUUUGCUCAUAUGAACAUAUGAUCACUUCAAGGCGUAUUUUAGCUACGUUAUCUAUGUCAGACGUAUAAACUCGGCUAAAAUGUACUUUAUUCAUUCUGUUAUUGACACCACCUGCGCGGGAUAUUUCUAUUACAGCUGCAGAAGCCAAUGAAAUCUCUUCACUUGCCACACGCGUCAUCAGAUUCUUUACUUUAAUUAAUUUUCCCGUAGGUGUCAUAAUAAGUUUAAAGUCGUUUCCAAUUUUUGUAUCAAUUUAGUGAGGUUUGCAAUUUUGAUUCGCAACUGUUUUACUAUGGCAUAUCGCUUAAACAUACUUCAGCUUCUUCUUGGUGUAACCGUGUUGUGUGUCAGCAAUCCGCUUAGAAUCUAUCACGUCCAUGUGAAUAUCUUCGUUGAAAGGUCCAACGCUGAGAUAAAAAACAUCGCGCAAAAGGCUAUAGAAUUUUAUCAUCUUGAUCACGUGAAUAUUUCACCGGAAAACAAAAUUCGCUUAAAUUUGAGUCUUGUAACGUACGACAAAGUUAUAAGCAGAAUCACGAACCUGGAUGAUGAUCGCUUCUUCAAUUGCAACAUCAGGACAACGUUGUGUGCGGCUAUCUUUGUUCAGUUUUCAAGCCACGAGAUUUUUUUGUCCUCGUUAAUGGAAAGGUUAAAUAUUAUUUCUGUGGGAUUGUUUCAGACGAGCGGAAAUCCUUUGAGUCAGGUAAGGUCACCAGCCUUAUGUAUUCAUGUUUUUCAGGCUGCACAGAAAUGAAGCAAAGACCUCAUUGAGUUGUUUUUGCCUCUACAUUAUGAGUAUCUCACCUAAAAUGCGCGGUACCGCUGUAAGAGGAUUUCAAUACAUUUUUUCAGUUCUCCCAGUCCAAUGUAGUCGCACCCGGAGUCGCACCUCCCUAAGGCGACCACUAUGCCAGUAGGACCGCGCGGAAGAGGUGGCUUUUCAGUGGGUAAGAAGGGUGUAAGGUGAUACCAAUUUGUGGAAAGGGUACACCAUUUUAAGAUUUUGCAAAUGCUUAUCAUAGCAAAUAAAUGGAUGUAAAACAGAAACCAAAAGUGUCAGAACAAAAAUGUUGACAAAAAGACUCUACAAACUAAGGUACAGUGAGUGCACUAGUUUAUACAUCGUCCUCUUUCAAACGGCCCUUUCGGAGAAGAUUUCCGUGUAAUUUGGGAAAAGGCCUUUAGUAAAGGUCGGCUGUAAUUUAGUUCCCUCCCAGAGUGAAGGAUGGUUCUACCGUUUGAAUGACCAUUCAAAUGAAACCUCUUCAGCAGUACUUUCACAUGGUACUAUAUUUAGUAUAUAGCCCUGAGUCUAUGGAUCAAAUACUAUGGUGUGACCGUUCAACUGAAAACUCGGCAGUACAUUUACUUAAACGAAGAAUUGUUUGUUUUUCAGUAUUUUACCAUAUAAAAUUUGCAUUUUUUUUUUCCAGUGUUGACUUUGGUCACUUCUGGGAGUGAAUUGUCUAGAGUAUACGCACUGCAAAAAUUAUAAGAGUACUGUUUACCUUUAUCAAAUGGAAUAGAGGCGUGUCUAUUUUUAUUGUUAUAAAAAAAAACCUGUCAAAAAGCUCAAAACACUAUUUUUGUUAUGAAUUAAUAAAUUUCUGCACUUUCUCCGCAUUCUUUCUCGAGUACGAUGGUUACUUAGAAAUCAACUCAAAUCUUCCAACAGUCUUCGAAAAUUCUUGCUCAUGAGAGAAUAAUUAAAAACUCAUUGCCAAAGGAAACGCUAAAUACUUUGAGAUUACUUAUGGGUUAUGAUUGAGUUGAACAUGAUUUGAAGCAAAUUUGUUGAGUGCGUGCAUCAAGGGCUUUCCUCGAAAAAACAGCGGCAAUCCUCAGGCUAUGUAACAUCUGUCACUGGCUUCUCCAUUUGUGAUGAGCGCAGUAUUUUGUUCCAGAUAAGCCUACAUAAUAUUCAGUUACGAAUAAACUUCAAUUCUGAAGUGAAGUGCUGUUUGCCUGUAUUAAUGCUUGCUUUUCGCAAAUGGUAAAUUAUGACGUUGUGACAGUCUAUAAUAUAUUUUCAUCCGCUUGGUAAAAAACAAUGCCGCAGAACAUUCGAAAAAAGUAAAAAGAUUAUGAAAAAUCUCCCCUUGUUAUCAAACUCGAUAAAACGUCUCUUUUUUAUUGUUUUCAGCAAAAAAGAGCAAAACAGCAACUAAUUUAAGCCCAACGAGACAAUAACAAAAACAGUACUAGAUCAAAGAUAUUCGCUAAUUUUUAACAAUUUACGAUCGCGUUUUUUUUUCUAUUCACCUCUUGACAUUGCGCUACGAGUUUAGUCUACAGAAAAGAGAAAAUCGUGACUGUGUCAUUUUGGACAUUUAGAUCGGCUGCACUUUAAAAGGUUUUCCUUCUUUAUUUUGAAUUCAUGAUUUUAGAGUUAAUAUUUAAAUGCAAAUGUCGUGUUGAAUUCUAUUGUACAAUCAAAACAGUAAGCAGGAAGUUUAAGUCCUUUGUUGACGUAUUUUAUCCAACUACAAUGGUUUCUUAUUAACCGAAUACUGGAAAAAGCUGCAUCCGUAAUGCCCCGGCCUGUAAUGUCUAUUUUAAUAAAGCUUAGUAACGACUGAAAACAGGUGCACCGGGGUUUUUUAGCCAUGGCGUAAUGUACUGACGUCAAUUAGCCGUUGUAGUGAGAGUUUCGAACACUUCCACCUUAAUUAUUGGAAGCAUAAUGCAGUGAAUUAAUAUUGGAAACGUAAUACAGUGACAUCAAUUAGCUUUUAUGGUGAGAGUUUUGAUUAAUGACACCUUAUAAAUAUUGGAAACUUAAUGCAAUGACUUCAAUCAGCGGUUAUGGUGAAAGUUUUGAGAACUAUCACAUUAUAAAUAUUGAAAACUUGGUCACGAAAAGGAGACAAAAUUGCAAAACAACUGCGCAACGAUGGACGAAAGCGGCGUAUCUACAGUUAACAUUUAAACUGAUGGAGUAUGGGGUUCGCUGCGUUUGCGAAAAGAUAAGGCAUGGCGAGUAGUUAUGGUACAGUAAACUCUCUAAGACGGACACUUUUGGGAAUCGCAGCACCACGGAGAGGUGUUCUCGCCUUGUAGAGAGACAGGGAAAAGACUGCAGGGACUCUCUCCUCCGCAGAGGUUCCCGCUGGCAUCCCAAUAAAAAUAGCAAUAAUCGAAAAAUAGAAAGCGCUUCUUCUCUUUCUCUUUCCCAUCGUCCCAUCAUCCCAUCGUGCGCUUUCCUUUUUUCUUCUCCACGUCCUCCCUAUGAUACAAAGAGUCGUCUGCUGAGAAGAGAGCUGCAGGGAACGACACUUGGCCGCCAUUAUUCAGAAAUUUCCGUCCUUUGGACUUAUCCGUUUAAGAGAAAUUUGAUUAUACUCUUUUUCUUUUGAAAACUACAGGAAAGUCCCGUUGGCUUCACAAGAACAGCUUCACCGUCAAUGAAGCACUACGCAAGCGUUAUAAAGGACUUAAUGAACAAAAUGGGAUGGCGCACACUUAGCCUAGUAUUAUCCGCUGACUACGAAGGCACGGUACUUGCAGGCGAAAUAAUUGAGUACUCGAAGAAGGUAAAAUGGGAUAUUUUACACACAGUUUGGGUACUAAGAAGCUGGGAAAAUGGUACCGAACUCGAAUCCGCGUUUAAUGAAAUUAUGACAAGUGAAAGUGACGUAGUUAUUGUCCAGCUAUACGACUCCCACAAUGUUGAGAUAUUCCAGUUGCUUGGAAACCUGGGCGUCAAAAAAACCCGAUCCUCUUGGCUGCUGACGAACAUUUCUACCUUUGGGGUCUCAAUAAUGAACCUUCCUGCUGGAUUUGUGAGAAUAUCUCCUGGGGCUUCUCCUAACCAUGAUUAUAUGGUGCAUGCGCUGUACGACGCCGUUAGCCUGAUUGCUUUGUCAGCAGCAAGAGCGGUAGAGACGUCUGCUAACAACAAGACAACGUAUCAGUCCAUUAGUAAUUAUUCUAACGCCUUGCAGAGUUCAUUUAAGCGGUAAGUUAUCUCUCUUAACAAAACACUUUCUUCAUUGCUUCAAGAGUGUUAUAUUUUUAUCUUUUGUUCGCACUCACGAGAAGAGUAGUCACUCUACUGAUGUGUGUGUUGCCAUGUAUGUACAGAGAAGCGCAUGUCCGAAGACCACUCGUGCGGACAUGCGCUUCUCUGUAAAAUGAUUUUUGGUAGAAAUUUGUGAUUCUAAGACGUUUCGUUCCUUGUGGGUGAAAGAUUUUGGCAAAUAAUGUUUUGGCUUGAUUAAGAGCAUAAUUCGAAGUUUUUAUUUGUACGCUAAACAGCACAUAGUUUCCUUUACAGACCUUAACAGGGAAGCCUCAGUACAACUGCGCCCAGUUGUUCAAAUUAAAGGUGGAUAACACUAUCAGUGGAUAACACGUUCAGUUUUGCUAGCCGAUUUAUCCACUGGAUAGCGAUUCAUCCGGUGGAUAGCGCUAUCUAGCGUUUGAACAUCCGGGACCAAAGCUUUAGUUUAAUUUUCUAAUUGAAGGAAUGCUGAGUUUUAAACAAAGGUUAACUCCUCUAGGAUAACAAGGAACACUUUCUUGGAAGGAAAAACGUCCAUUUUCGAGAAUCCGUCAGUGCAUAAAGGACCUUUCUCCGUAAUGGACAUUUCAAGUCUAGAACAAGACCUCACUGGUAUCAAACACUGGACCACUAUUGGCCUGAGCACGUAUUCGGGUAUCGCCAUAGAGUCCUUUAAGGCUCCAAAUGGACAAGUCCUGCUUCCACGCCUAGGACCCUCUAGGCCCAUUCUGCGAGUGCCUGUGGUUUUGUACCCUCCCUGGGUAGAGGCCGAAGAACCUCAAGAAACAUAUGAGGAGGAACUAAUAUGUCUGAAAAGAGGGUACCUCUGUUACAACAAAACCGGGACAAGGGUCAAAACAUUGUGCUGUUUUGGGUUCUCCAUAGAUUUACUAGGAAUUAUUGGACGUGAACUGCAAUUUUCUCCCGAAAUUUACUUUGUCGCUGACGGACAGUAUGGUAUCUUUGAUGAAAAGACAGGAAAGUGGAACGGAAUUAUCAGGGAACUGUUAUCAGGAGAGGCAGAUCUAAGCGUUGAUAUAGCUUUGAGCCAGAAAAGAGCCAAGUACAUCGCUUUUUCUUUUCCUCAUCUUCCUCUUGCUUUUAACGUCUUAGUGGAGAAGGAAGACCGCUACGGAAAUGGUAAGACGACACAAUCUUGAAUUUACAAGAUGUAUUUAGUGAAAGGAGCUUCCUUCAAAAUACCUCAGUUAUGCAAAUGCGUCAUCGAGCAAGCGUGACGUCAGGAUAGCAGGAAAUUGGCCAAGUUCUUUUUUGCUUUGUUUAAUAUGGACCGAGAACAAGUCAAAGUCGAUAAAAAACGCAAAAAAGAACAAUGACAUUAUCCAGCCAUUUUGAUCGAUCAAUCUUGGUCAAUAAAAGAUUAUUAUGUGGCCAAAAGGAGAACUUUUUCUUUUGGGACCGACGCGGAAAAUCCCGCGUGUACAAGGUGGGUCCAUCUUGCCUGCUCGGGUGGCCAAUCAUCCUCGGAGACCCAGGGGCACUCAGUCGGGUCGCGAGAAAGGGCGCGACGAAAGUUUUCAAGUCCGGGCGAAAGAGCCCCUGGGUACCGACUCUCACCGAGCCAUUUCCAAAAAUUCAAGCGGAUGCCGGCUCCUGAUUGGGCAAAAAAAAUGCUUUGUAUUAUUGUGCCCAAUCGGCGAACAGUGUCUCCUGAGUUCUUUUCGUGAGUUCGUACACGACGGCUAUUGUCUUGCCACACUUGCCCGGUUCGUUCACCAAGCUUGUGCGAGCAAGGGAAACUUUUAUUUUCUGCUUUCCUAACCAGAAACGAAGGAACUAUCGAUGAGUCAAAAAACGUUUGGGACACUAUCAGCAGGAGCAGUUCAAUUUGCCCCGAGAAUAUUCUGUUUUUGACUCAUCACAAUGUAUCGUAAAUAAUAGGAAGAUAAAGAUGCGGCGGCGACGAGAAAGUGAAAUAAGCAAUAGCUUGACAAGGCAAAACAACAACUUUGCACGUGCAUCACACUUUUCUGUACAUUUCUUUGCCGUCAACUGCACGACCUUCCCGUGAAAAUGCCUAAUUUCAUGUUUUGUGAAGGACGUAAACAAGCAAUGACAAAAUUCAUUCUCUUCAUGGACUUGGAUAUGUUGAUAGAAAUUCAGAAAUUUAGAAAUUUACUGUUGUAAGCUCAAGCUUGUAGUUUUGGAAAAGCGUCCUGACUGCCGGCAUUUCUUUGGUGCAUGAGCCAGACAAGCCGUGAUCGAAACAAUAGCCGUCGUGUACGAACUCACGAAAGGAACUCAGGAGAAACUGUUCGCCGAUUGGGCGCAAUAAUACAAAGCAUUUUUUGUGCCCAAUCAGGAGCCGGCAUCCGCUUGAAUUUUUGGAAAUAGCUUGGUGAGAGUCGGUACCCAGGGGCUCUUUCGCCCGUACUUGAAAACUUCCGUCGCACCCUUUCUCCCGACCCGACUGACUGCCCCUGGGUCUCCGAGGAUGGUGGCCAAUCAGAACACAGGAUUCGCUUCAUCUUCCCCUCUCACGGUUAGGGUAUGUACCGCUAAACGGGGUCGUAAUUCGGAAACUCGAGGUAUCCGUAAAUAAGACGUUUACUUAAAUCUAACGCUGAUGCUAGAAUUCGAAGACUACUAUUCCAAGGGCGCUAAGUCUCUAAUUUGUAAUGCCACAGGGUAGGGGGUAGUUGGCUUUCUCGAGCCUAGCUGUAAGCAGGUUUUUUUUCUGUUGAUUUAUCUUUAAUAUUUAGGUGUUCAGUGGUAUUCGUGGUUGAAACCGUUUGAUGUUUGGUUGUGGUUAGCUAUUCUUGGAACGUGCAACGUUAUCCUGGUUGUGGUGUGGUGGUUUGAUAGAAAGAGUCCAACCGGACAUCACUAUAUUCUCAGGGAGAGAGACGAAGAUGGAGUUACCCUGUUAGGUAAGUGCUUUAUGGACUAUAGCCUUCCCUUGCCUAGUCUCCGUACGACGUUUUCCCAGGCCUUCUCGGUCGCAUGAAUUCACUUCGGUGAAGUAUCCGAGGCGAACUCACUUCUUCGCUCGGACCACGUGACCCAAGACGCAUUGCCAGCCCAAAAUAGGGAUUAGGCAAAGCCUGUGCCAGACGGAACUAAAUUUCUGGGUAAUCCGUCUGCGAGCCAGCGCCGAAAUCUUUGUUUUUAGCCUCCACCUGUCUACCAGGAUUAGACUACGAGUAGUCCCCAUUUUUCCUCCCGGAUAGUAGAGCGAGCGAAACGCGAGUGCGCGUGAAAUCAGCCCUCGCGAGAAAGGCGUCUAUAUACCAGGAUUUGAGUACGUGCCAUAAUUGGCCUGUUAAAAAAGCCAUAGUCAAUUUACCAAUCAGGUUGAAGGGAAAUUUGAAACACCUUUCCAGUGAUUCGUUUAGUCCGUCAGGAGCCCAGAACAAGGAUCUCGGCUUUGCUUCGCAGACGUUACUAACUGAAGUUUGAUUAUGUUAGACUUUCUCAAAGUCGUUCGCUUGGUUUUCUGGUCUGGUGUUGUAGGACCCGGCCCGAACGAGCUUUCGCUAGCUCGCGCUCAAAAGCUCGACUUGUGAGCAAGUCUAUGAUUAUGUCUGCGACGCAGGCUACAUGGACUAUGUUGCUGCUAGAUCUCAGUUUUUAAAGACGGAUAGAAUCGAAUGAUAUUAAAGAGAAUAGCGCCAGUGUUGAUGACCAUGGGAUGGGGACGCCAGCCUUUUUUAUUAGCUGGGUCAAAAUUGUUCCCAAAACAGUCCCAUAUGCAAUUCAACGCAACAUCCCAAAGUACGCCGGGAAUGAAUUAUGAUUACGCUCAUGUCAGUUUCAAAAACGGAUAAAAUCGACCAACGUCAGAGAGAAUAGCGGAAAGUUCCGUAUAUAGUCGCUCUGUAUACAAUACCCUGGGUGCUUACUUUUAGGGACUGUCCUCAAAUACAAAACAAAAUGAAUCAUAUUAUUACUGUACGAGGCAAGCCCGAUUCUAUUAUCUUAGAGCUACCGUUAGAGUACAGUGUAUUAAUGGCACGUUUUCAUGUUAGUACUUUUUCUGCAAGAUUGCUGUAUAUCGUAUUUCUCUUGCGUGGUAGACGCCAUGAGCUAUUUGUGGUAAAGACAAAGGGGCGAAAAAAACUCCUUGCAGUUUAAGUGCGAGAUGGUUGUCCACCUUAUAUGCAUUUAUAAAACGUUUUCAUGUUAAUGCGUCUUCUGUAUGAUUGCUGUGUUCUUUGUUUCCCUUGUGUGGUAGAUGCCAUGAGCUAUGUAUGGGGAGUGGCCUUUGGUAAAGACAUAGGAGCGGAAAAGACGCCACGCAGUUUAAGUGCGAGAUGGGUGUCCACCGUGUAUGCAUUCAUGGCCCUUAUUCUUGUAAACACGUAUUCUGCGAACCUGAUGGCCAAUCUAUUGCAGGAAGACUAUGUGUUACCUAUCAAGGGGAUUAAAGACCCAAAGGUAUUCAGUCGGUUUGUUUUACUGAUACCCAUAUUUAUGUACCCUGCGAGCAGUUUCUCUCUUGCAUGGCUAUUUUUAGCGUGUUUUUCAUGGAAAACCAGUGCGACUGACAAGCGACGCGAACUACUUCGUAAACGCUAAAAGCCAUGCAAGAAAGAAUCCUCUGCUUGCAGGGUAAUAUUUAUGUGACUUCCGCGCAUAAAAGAAAGUCAAGAGAUUAGUAUGAUUAAACGGAUAACAUUAUACAGCAAUGAAUGAUUCAGACAUCUAGUUUUUAUUUCAUUUUACGUUGCCAAAGUCUCACGAUAAGGUGAUUUGGCUUCAAAAAUUUCCUACUUGUUAACCUUUUGCGGCAGCAAAAAUUUUCCUUUAAGUCGAGCUAAGUCGUCUACGCCUCGCAAUUUAAACUAACUAAAUCUCGGAACAACUCAGGCCAUGCUUCAUAUUUGACGAUAACGGCAGAUGUCCAUUGGGUUUAACAUUCUCUAAAGGGCUAAAACAGUAAAAGGAUCAGUAAACACGAGGAAGUUUUUCAAUCAAGGAAGUUUUUUUUCUCUGAUUUUGUUAAAUUGGCUUUGCAUUCUUGUCGUUUGCGACUGCAUUUGCUCACCGAUGAAAUUUCUCUAAAACCCCUGUAGAGCAUUUGAUUCAAUGGCUUUGCGCGGUUCAGAGGAGGUUUCGUUAUUCACCAAGAAAAUUUGGCGGUCGGGUUUCCUCCAAACCCUGUGAAGUGAGAUAUAGGGGAGGAAAAAGGCUCUCUAUUUCCUAAUUUCAUAAAGCUGAAAAUUUUUGCUUCUCGACGUUACUAAAAGAGGGGAAAAAAAAAUGUCGUCUUAAUUUCUUUACAGUUGAGAGAUCCUUCUCUUCACCCUCCAAAUGGAUUCAAACUUGGUGUCCUACAGGGCACUUUUGCUCAAAGUUACUUCAAGAAUAAUAUUGACCAUGAACUGCGUCAACUUUACAACGACAACUUAAAAGUAAAUCUGAUGACUCAAUCGAGUGAAGGGAUAAACAAACUCCAAGAAGGGUAAGUUUCAUUACUAGAUAUAUAAAGCACUCCCCAAAAAAUACACCAAAAUCUUUACCACUCUUUUGAUGACGUUUUUUUGUUUUGUUUUAUUGUUUGUUUGUUACUCAUUAUUACGGACAGUUUACUUUGUCCUUGGGGAAAAAAGCCCUUAAAUUUUCUCUAAAUUCAACCCGCUUAAUACGGACACCCCGUCAAUGCGGACACUUUCUAUGGCCCCUCGGUCUCCGUAUUAACGGGGUUUGACUGAUAGAUGAGAGAUCACAACGGUUCUCCUCUAUGUAUAUCGUCUUUUCUCCAUUUGGUGCCCUGUCGUGGUCGUCUAAAAUUCAAUACGCUCUCACCCCAAAUAACGAUUGCCCAUAGGGGUGACAAGUGACACCCAACCAGGGAAAUGAACACAGGAAAUACAGCAAAGUAAAAUGAUUGUGCUGCCCCAAUAAAAACUAUUUGGGCGACUUAACUUUACUUCGUUUUUUCGGGCUACACAAUCUGCGAAUGUAACGUUUCUUCUUUGGAAUUUUGGUCGGCCCCCCUUCCCUCUGUUUUCUCCCAAAACACUUGUUGUCAGCUUGGUAUGUACUAUAUACCAGUGUAUUUAGAUUUUGCUCUUGUUUUACAGUGAGAUCCAAGGCCUGGUGGGUGAUUACCUUUCUCUGCGUGGAGCCGCCAACAAGAUUCCGCGCUGCAACAACUACUGCUUAGCCGGUCCUAACUUUUACACACACGGUGUAGCGUUUGCUGUCCCUAAAGGCUCGCCUUGGCUCGAUGAUAUCAAUAGAGUUGCCUUAGAGAUGAAAACAAACGGAAGUGUUAGCAUGAUUGAAAAGAGGUAUUUUGACAAGAUGUGCAGUAGAACUUCUGCUAAAGACCUGAGUAUCCUCAACUUUAGUGGACUUUUCCUAACGGUGGCUAUAGCGAUAGCGGUUUGCUUUUUAGCACUCCUAGCCGAAGUAACCGCCAUUGUCGUCUUGGUACGGUUUAGAAAACAUCUUGGAGUUGUUGGAAAAUUCUCCAUGCGAUUAUUAUUCAAUCUCAAAAGAGGCGAAGAGCACCUUAUAGCUUUGAAGCAAUCCUCAAUGACCAUGAAAAAAUGGAACUGUGUUAAGAUGGAUAUAGUAAGAGUAGACAAUUGUUCGGCGAAUUCAACGUCUGUAGUUGAGUCACGAUGCAAUUCGGUAAAUACAGCAAAUGAUUUGGAUAAUCUUCAGCCGAGGCUAGACUGCCAGCCUCCUUGUGACAAGGAGGAUGUUAUUUCA